UCAAUUGCAGUAUGCAGCUGAAAAGAAUGGUAUAGGAAACUUAAAUUCUAAGCAACAAUUUUUUUUUAUCGUAAGCUGUAAGAAGAACAUGUGGAGAAAAAGUAAAGGAUACAAUGCAUGACACUUUUUCUAGCCUGUAUCCUCAUUUGAUAAGAAAAUACAGGCUUAAAGUAACGUCAUGUUUGUAUAUUUGCCCCUCUAUAAUAACUUCUGGACCAUCUGAUUUGAGUUAUAUGAAACUGCUAUGCAUAUCAUGACACUACAUCUUUGUAUUUUUCAAUUUUUUAUUGUCAAUAAUUUCAUGGUGGCCAUGUGCACUGUCAAAAUUGGAGCAAUGCUGAUAGCUUUAAAAGUAUGGUUCUGAAAUUUUCUGUGAUAUAUUUUGAAAGAGUAUAUUGACUUUUUUAUGUUCAAACAACAUGGCAGCUUCAUGAAAUCUGUUUUUCAGCUUUGUUUUAUGGUGAUAACUAAUAAACGUUUGGUGUUCAGCAUGGGAAGAUUGAGUGUAAGCAUACAGAUUUUAUACAGAUAUGGUGUCGAUGUGAAAACUUCAAAAAUAUUACUGGAAAAUAUAAUAAUAUAGCUAGAAUUUGUUCCAAUGCAAAUUACUAACACAAUUAGAUUACUAAAUUGAAAAAUUAUUAAUUUACAGUUCUUGCUAAACUCACAGUACAGGUGAACCUAGGUUAUUGUUGCGCAUCACUAUGUUCCCACAAUGAUCUUUGGCUCCAGUUGAUCAGCAAUGUGUCUUCCAUUGUUGUGCAGCAAUGACCUCUUAUGAAGACUGCCUGCCCCAUUAUAAAAAUACAACACAUAUGGACAGGUCCAUAAGGUGUUUUGUUACUCAUGGUAGAUAUGAAGAACAUGUAAUCAAUUUAGAUUAGACCUAUUAGUUGAAGCUUGAUGUGUUGAGUCCUUCAUAAUACUGUUGGUCAGCUAGAGUUUCAAAACAAAUUUCACAAGCAGUGUGAAGUGAGACACUCUUAACAUUUGGUAGUAGUAGUAAUAGAUUAAUUUGUUACAGAACUGGAAGGUAUGGGGCUUUUCUGUUGUGGACUGUGUCAAUGCCUUGUUGCACAUUGAAUUGUUACUGCAUUUGAAUAAUUAUUUAUAAUCAGAUUUACUUAGAAGUAAUUUAUAAGAUCUGCAGCUGGCUUUACUUCAUAAUAUUUUUUAAAAUUUCUUUAGGUGUUAUAAGUGAUCAUAUUACACAAGGAGAACACUAAUUAUGUGUAAAUUCCUUGUGAAGGCAUUUAAUAAAAUAAAAGAGUGUUUUUGUUGUGAACACGUUCCCUAUUGUUAAUAGAUCUCUGCAUCCAGUUCCAUGAACUGGAAUAUUAUGUUGUCCAGAGCAUGUUAGAUUUUGUGCUAUAUGGAUGCUUAAUGCAUGUAUCAGGCUAUUGUAAAUAUUUAUACAUGAAACUACUCAAGAAUAAAUGAGUUCCUGAACACUCAUAAUUUCAGCAGUCUUAGGAAUGAAAUGGAUGAUGAUCAGUAAGUUAUUGUUAUAUUAGUUUUAAAUUGUGUGUCAUCUUCAGAUAAUUGCAUUUAUAUUUAAGAGGGUUCAUUAUGGUCUUUCUUUAUGCUUAAGUGGUAAGAAACAAAGUUAGGAAAGGAAGAUACAGGGUAAAGGAUUAAGAUAUGAAGAAAAUUAAUUCAUUUUUAAUUUUAAUGGACUUGUUCAUAUUUUUCCCCCUCCACCCCAUGAGUAUGAUAUUAAAAGGUAUUUAAAAUUUCAAUUUCUGACAUUAUCCACAUUUGAAAAACCAUCUUUAGCAUAUAAAAUUACCUUUUGUAGCUUGUGUGUGCCAUUGCUGUUCUGCAUGGAUAGGCUUUGAAAAAUGGCAAAUAUUAAAUAUGGUGUUCUCAGUCUGUAUCUCCAGUAUAGAUGAAUCAGCCUACACUACUUUGAACAUCCAAAAAAUUUACUGUACUAAAUACUAAAUUUCAUAUUGUGCAAGAGCCAUAGAAUACUUUUCUACAUUAUGGAUUCAUUUGAAAUCAUAAACUUUUUGUCUGUGUGAUUCCCUGACUACUUAUAGAUUUAAAUAAAAAUGGAUAUCAGGUGUAACUCUUUAAAACCAAGAACAUUUAAGAACUCAGUCUGUUUCACAAAGACAGCACAACACUUCAUCUCUACAAAAAUUCAGUGCUUAACACUGGUUAAGGAAAUAAUUGCUGUUUGCAGUUAAAAUCAUACAAGACCCAUAAAUGCAGAAUUACUGAAUGUUAAAGCAGGGUGUACAUAUAGUUUCCACUCAACUUUAAAAAGUUUACGAAGUGUCAAGGAAAGCAGUCAAAGAAUAAUGUAGAUAUAGGUCAGUUGUUCUGAGUUACAGAAUUUUGCUGAACAUUUUAUGUUGCCUGUUUGUAUCUUCUUUGCACGUAGUGUAUGAAAUGAACUAAUAGUAUGGAGGUUGCAUUUGUUCAUCUGGUUAUUUAUUCUCAUGUGCAUAUUGCGUCUUUUAUGCAUCUCAACUUCCUUUAUUGCACCGAAUGCAUCAUCUUAAUUAUCCAUUACAUUUGUGGCUGGCUAUGGGGCUAGACGAUCGGAGUUCGAUCCGAAGUAUAGAAAGUACAGGUAUUUUUUCUUAGCAACCAUGUCAAUACCUGAUCUGGGACCACCCCUUGGAAACUGCGGGGUUUAGCGCCCUCCAUAUAAUCCCGAGGUCAGGAGUGGGUGGAUCUUUACCUACGCGGCACCAAAGCGUGCUAUUAAAAGACAUGCACAAGCAAAUAUCGCCCCUUUGUUUACAAAUUUAGAAUAUUGCUUUAUAAACAUUAGCUUACUUAAUAAGCAGUGAAGCCCACAUUAUGUAAUCCCUAUUAUCUUCGCCAUUUAUCUCUUAAGCUAAAAGAUCAACACUUUUGUUUACAAAUACCUCCGUACUUCACUCAGAAUGAGAUCAGUUGCUAAAAACACAAAUAAAACGUUCAUUGAAUUUUGAAAGUCAUAAUAAAGACGAACUUUUGGGACAUUUAAAUGUGCAAUGUCUGGUUUCGAUCUUUUCAAUACCGCUUAUAAAAUAUUUUCCACGAGCCACCACUGGACAUUUACUGCGUUCUGCCAUCUUUCGGAUAAUCUGUAUGUAACAAUACGUACAUCUUGGUCGAAUCACCACAGAGUCGUUGCAUCGUGUAGUGGUUGUUAGGUGUAUGAUAUUGCUUCACGUUCAUAUAUGGCUCGAGUGAUUGACAUGAGUACCAGGCCUCAGCAUUACUGCUUGAAGUGGAACAACUAUCAAAGCCAUGUGGCUGAAAUAUUUACACAGCUCCUGCAAGCAGAAUCUAUGGUGGAUGUAACUUUAUGUACUGAGGGUCAAAAAAUUCAUGCUCAUCGUAUUGUUCUAUCAGCAUGUAGCCCCUAUUUUCAGGAUAUUUUAACCAAUACAGAAGAUUCUCAUCCCUAUAUAAUUUUAAGUGAAAUGAGUUCUGAUGAUGUAAGAUCGAUAGUUGAAUUCAUAUAUCGUGGAGAGCUAAAUGUUGGUGCCGAUCAUUUUUCAUCUGUCCUGAAAAUAGCUGAAGUGUUGCAAAUAAGGGGCCUUAUGGAAGUCAGUAACCACUUACCCAUGUUGGGAAAUGAAAAUAGUGAUGAAUCUAAUCCAGAAACUCUGUCGUCAUCUCCAGCAUUGGAAGGAAAUCCAGAGUCAAAUCAUUGUUUGAAUAUGUUGCCAGAUGUGUCACAGACAGAAUCAGUAGAUAUUUUUGUGGAAGCUUCUGAAAGAGUACAUGAAGAGCCUUCUACAGUAAAUACAAAAUUGGAGUCAAAGGAUCAACCACAGUCUGAUAAGAAAGAUGAAGAUGAGAAGAAGAAGAAACACAGAAGGGAAACAAGUAAGAAGUAUUACAGUGAAGACAUGUUGUUGGCAGCAUUAGAGGACCUUCGAGCAGGGCGAGCUCUUGUGGAAACAGCUGCAACAUAUCGCAUUCCUCGCUCAACUCUGUAUGUAAGAGCUCGAGCACAAGGCAUUCCUCUUACUAUCACGAGACAGGAACAUUCUGGUGAAAGAGUACAAGCUGCAGUUCAAGCUGUUGCAGGUGGUGCAAGUUUGCAGCAGGCAGCUGAACUCUUUAAGAUUCCAAAGACGGUACUUUGGCGACGUGUACAGAAGGAAAUGGGUAGUUAUGCAAUGAGUCGUCGAGCCAGGAUGAAGCAGUCAUAUGGCUUGGAUAAGAAGCAGGCAGCAGUAAAGGCAUUGGAAAGAGGGGAAAACCUCACCAAAGUGUCUCACCAGUUUCAGAUACCAAAGACAACUUUGUUUCGUGAAAAAGUUAGAUUGGUAGAAGCCGGAAGACUCCCGUGGUCAUGUCUGCGGAAACGAGAUCCUGAUAUUGGUGGUUUCAAGCAGCACAGACUUCGUGAAGCUGUAGCAGCUUGUAAAAAGAGAAAGAUGUCACAAGCUGUGGCUUCUGUCACGUUUCAGGUUCCAAAAACUACAAUCUGGCGGAAGCUUCAGCAGGGUUCUAGGCCAGAAUCAGCUGAGCCUGAAGAGAGUGAUGCUGUGGUCCACUUGCAGGAACGCACAGAAUUUUCAUUUAGUGAGGUCUCAACACAAAUUCCAGUCACAUACAUUGAUGAAUCAGACUUCUCUGAAGCUUCUCUCAUCAUUCUCACUGCUGGUAGCAGUGAAAGUAUGGAAGAGCAGAUUAUAGUUGAUAGGGAUUCCAUGCCUGAUGAAGGCCAAGAAUCCAGGAGCAGUCCAAUGAAAGAAGUACCUUCAGCAACAAACUGCCCAAGCCAAAACACUUCUUCAGCUACAUAGUACCUCCGCUUGACAUUGCUGUAUUUUGCAAAAUAUUUCCAUAUUUUCACUAUUUAUGAAGGUUUAAUAAGUAGUACAUUUCUCUGUUUAAUUGGUUUAGUUUGUUACUAGAUUCCAUUUUGUUCAAGACUCGAACAUCUUUUGAAUAAAAUGGCACAAUUUAAUAUAGCAUUAAAAGAUGUUUAAAUACAUGGUCCUCUUACUCUGU